CCUUUGAAUAAUUACUGCAGACCAAGCGCUGAUCUUUUUCGAACCUGUCUCUGCUUGCAAUUCUGACCUGGUUUCUUCAUACCAUGCUGCGCUCCAAAGACUUGACCUUCUAGACUGCAGGCCAGUCACCACAUUUAAUGCCCUUUUCAAUCCGCCCUCGACACUCGUUCCCUGCACGCAUACUAUCCCGUCGUACCACCUGGAGACCCUUUUACGAACCACCUGCGUUUUGAAAAGCAACAACUGGCCAAACAGAACCCCUUACGCCAUAGUGGCUCACCCAAGCGGCCGUGGAAGCAAUCUGAUGGCCUUAUGGUUGCCAGCUAGCCACCAUGCAGAGCGUACAGAGGCAUUUUGGCAAAUACAUGAGGAGGAGCGCAGAUGAGCAACACGUGUCGGUACUGCUCAAAGAUUUCGAGGAGGCGGAGCGUUUGCUGAGCAAGAUCAUCGAAUCAUCCAAGCAAUGGAGAGAAGCCUGGAUUGCUAUUCUGACCCAUCAGCACCGCAUGUUUGAAGAGUUCGAGACUUUGUAUGCCCCGAUCGUUGGCGCCGGUGACGACUACCAGGGUCACGUCCCGGCUCAAACUCCAGAGCAUCUUUUCAACAGAACCAACAGAAUAAAGAUGGAAUCCUCAGAUCUAAAGAGAGACCUCACGGAAGAUCUCGGACAAGUCGAGGACAAACUGAUCCGGCCGGCUCAGAAUGCGAAAGACAGCCUCCACACAAUGAGAAAAACCAUCAAGAAGAGAGAAGAUCGGAAGCUGGACUAUGAAAGAUACCAGAGCAGGGUCGACUCGGGCCAGAAGAAGACUAAACGUUCCGACAGAGAGAACGCUGCACUUGUAAAGUCGCAGUCGGACCUUGCAGCGGCUACAGAAGCCUAUGCUGCUGCCGAUGAGCAUCUAAGGAGCUGUCUCCCUCGCCUGCUCCAGUCAGUGUUCUCGCUCCUACCACAUUUCCUGGCCACUCUGGUCAGUAUCCAGAAUAGUCUAUUGGGACAUUACUAUACGCUUCUGCAUGCGUAUUGUACCGAAGAAGGAUUUCCUUCUCCCAGUCCACCCAUGGAUGAAGUUAUCAGAUUGUGGGACGAUGCUUUCAAGCCCGUGCAACGCGAGGCUGAAUCUUUAUUGUUCCUGGCGAAUGGAAAGGCUGUAAGAGCGCCCAUGAACCAGGAGAACGGACAUCCCUCCGUCAAUGGCUACCGUCGACCCAGUGGCAACUCAUCUUUCGGUCGCACACAGUCCCUCUCGCCUGCUAGGGCUCUCCCUCCAUCUCCAUCCUAUGACAUUCCACCAAAGAUGUCUUCCUCGCCUGCACCAAGUACCUUGUUGAGUCCAACAACUCCUCUCGAGGCUACUCCGUCGCCAUCACAGUCAGUGUAUCAGACCCCAAUGUCGUAUUCUCCCGCUGCACCGCACACGGACUACUUUUCGCGUGAUCGACAGCCGUCUGCGGCUGCAGUCACGUCGGCGUCGGCGGUGGCUCAGAAGAAACGCCCUCCGCCACCACCACCUCCACCACGUUUACCAUCACAACAAACAAUCUUCGUGACAGCCUUAUAUGACUUUGACGGACAGAGUGAAGGUGACCUGGUAUUCCGAGAAGGAGAUCGUAUCAAGGUCCUCAAGAAGACAGAAAGCACGGAUGAUUGGUGGCAAGGAGAGCUUCGCGGCCUCAAGGGACCUUUUCCGGCUAAUUAUUGUCAGUGAGGUUCAGUCUACGCGACAAUCGCACGGGAAAGGAUUGGUACAAUAACUGUCUUGUGCCAAUGAACACUAUGUUUUUGACGUCUGCAUCUGAGCACGUUACCGAACCGGGUCCAAAACCCCCGAAAUCAGAACACUUGCCACAACUUGGUGUCGUAAUACGGGGAGCGCGGGAAAGGCUCCGAGAGGGCGUUGGCGUCAGGCAUGAAAGAGUAGUAGCGUUGAAAGCGAUCCAGAUCUACCCAGAUAGCAAAGAUUUCGAAUGUACGCAUUGCCGACCACGUCCUUGCUGCGACUAAAGUACGUGAUCACCUUGUGAACUGACCAGGUUGGGACUGUACUAGGAUUGCUCUUAACACCUGUU